GUGUGGGAUUGGAUUGGCACAGAUCCUGGACCUGCUGGAACUUCUGCACAGGAUACAAACUGAGAUGCGCUGAACGCAGCCGAAACAUUUGUCUUUAUUAGAAUUCGAAGGUUUACGUCUUUAUUUAGUGUUUAUUGCGUGUCUGUGUGAAACGCACGGUGUCUCGUGCUGCUGGAUGUCCGGGUCAGUGCACGUUGUCAGUAUGUGUACUGAAUGUUACGCACGUGGCUCAGUACUUUAUAUUCAGUAUCAGUACUCCUGUCAUUGGCUAGCAGGGUCUCGAGACCUUGUUGUGACGCCUGCCUAUAUAACGGGGCUCGUGCCACCGGGACUGCGUGUCCGCGCGCGCCCCACCCAGAUCUGCAUGGACGCUUCAUUUCCGCGUCUCCAGAGAGCGCGCGCAGGACAUCAGGCUUUAACCGGAGCAUCAUUUUCCUCCUCCUCCGAGGCCCGAGUUACGGCCUGAGCCGGGAGGUGCAGGAGAAAAUCGACCAGAAGUACGAUCCCGAUCUGGAGGCUCGGCUGGUCGACUGGAUCGUUGCACAGUGUGGAGGAAAUCUGGAAAGACCCCAGCCAGGAAAGCAGAACUUCCAGAAGUGGUUAAUGGAUGGAACGAUCCUUUGCAGGCUCAUUAACAGUCUGUACGCACGUGGUAAAGAGCCCAUUAAAAAGAUCCAGGAGACACAGAUGGCCUUUAAGCAGAUGGAGAAGAUCUCACAGUUCCUCCAGGCAGCUGAGGCGUACGGAGUCAUCACCACCGACAUCUUUCAGACUGUAGAUUUAUGGGAAGGAAAAGACCUGGCUGCCGUCCAGAGAACUCUGAUGGCUCUGGGAAGUGUGGCGCUCACCAAGGAUGACGGACAUUACCGUGGCAACCGGGACUGGUUCCACAGGAAGUCUCAGUCUAACCGGAGGGAAUUUUCCGAAGAGCAGCUGCGCGGAGGACAAAACCUGAUCAGCCUGCAGAUGGGCAGCAACCGCGGGGCAUCCCAGGCUGGCAUGACGGGGUACGGCAUGCACCGCCAGAUCAUGUAACUAAGAGUGGAGGUGACCUACGACCUGCAUCAGACACCCAGAAAACUUUAAUCCCUGCAGAGGAGCAACAUCUGGUUCAGUCAGUUUCACUAAUGGAUUGGAUAGAGCACUUUUAAUACCAGUGUCCUUCAUGUAUGAUAUUCAUUACGUAACUUAUUAGCAUGAUUACGGUGUCACUUCAUUUUUGUUUACUAUAAUAUACGUUUAUUACUAUCCAGAAUUGGUUAGUUUGGUAUAUUUCUUAAUACGUAAAGUAUUAUUCGGUAUACAGUAUUAUAAAGUAUACCUUCCUGUCAGCUUUGUACCACAUGUUCUUUGGUCCAAAAAAUAAGUUUGUCUUUCCUGUUGGAAUUGUGUGUUAUUAUGCGUCAAAGUUUUGCUGGUGUUUGCUGAAGAUGUUUAAUAAAUUGAUAUUAUAUUAACGGAC